ACAAAGGUCUCUACAGGCAGAUAUCUCAAAUGAUAUCAGUUUGUAUAAUUCAUGGAACAAUGGUGCCACAUUUAUUUUCAGAAAAGCUCUUUCUCCAAGUUUGUGGUAAACCCACCCGUCCUGCAACCUUGGAUGAAGUAGAUGAUGAGACCUUUAAAGAAAUGCUUUGCAAAAUAAAAGAAGCCGAAACUCUUCCAGAAGCCAAAGCUGCCAUUGAUCUGGCAGAAGAUUGCCUGUCCAUAAUUGUAGCCUUUAGAUCCAUUAGUACUCUUAAGCAGCGGGACAUGCUGGUACAGUCAGCUGUGGAGUAUUAUGUUGAUGGGAGAUGCAAUGUUGCACUGCAACAGUUUGUCGAUGGUUUUAACACCCUUGGACUUCUUCAAGAAAUGCAGACACACACAGAUCUGUUUCACAUCAUAUUUGUUGAAGACAAAAAACCACUGAGAUCUUCAGACCUGACAUCACUUUUUGAAGUAAACCUGUCAGAUCAAGACACCUAUAAGAGAGAGCUAGAGACCAGGACCUUGUGCUUCUGGAGAGACUGGAUCAUUGAUGUUGAAGGUUAA